UGGCAAUAGUUAUGGGUCAGAAACCAGUAAAUACGAGGCUGAGUACGAUAAUCUGGCAUGUUGUGGUGAACGUCAACAACAACGAGCGCGGACGGUCAAGGCAGAGUAGUCGUUUGUGCCCACCCUGCUGCCUGCUUAAGCAACCUCGAGACUCAACUGAAUGGCUGAAGAACCCUGCAGGAACCCACCAAACUGCCUCACAAACCUCUGUGAAACAUUUGUAUCCACACUAUAAAUAUAUGUGCUUCGGCUGUGAAAAGUUACAUGUCAGGUAUAUUGUCAUGUAUAUUGUGAAAAGCAACUCUGGUGUCAUGAUUGUAGCAAUAAUGGCUUGUCAUUGGAAGGGAGAAAUACCAUGAGAGAUAAUUAUUGAAAAUAUGAUUAAUGGCCUUUGAAUUUACCCAGAGUCAGUGCCACACAGCUGUGCAAAUAUGUUAUUGAGAAAGGUGUGCUUUCUUUCCUUCAAUGCAUUUAUCGUACUUCUUCCUCUGGCUGUGUUUUUGUGACUCAGGAUGUGCAUGGAAGAGGUGGUAUAUGAAGGACUUGAAUGCAACUGCAGUACCUAAUAUAAGUGAGUGAUAAACUAAGUACUACAUGCAGUAUAUUUGUUUAGUUGUGACACAUAAGAAUAUACUUCUAACCUAGCAAAUUUCAAGUUGGGAUUUCGUUUUGUAAUAAUUAUUUAGUGGCAAGAGAAAAAUCAUCCUAUAUUCAGACCAUGGCUACUGAAAACAAAUCAGUAUUUACUCCUUUAGAUCCCGAUGGCACCUUUGUUAUAUACCCAUGUGAUAUAAACACUUGGCAUGACGCUGAAGCUCAGGAGUCCACCAUCUCCCCAGUGGGCUGUGAAGGAGCAGCACUGUGGGCAGACUCCUCAAUUGUUUGUGAAGAAAUUUAUGAACUUGACCUGGAAUCGGAGGAGAGUCGUGUUACUAUUAUCAUUUCCGACACAUCCACCACUUCUGGAAAUGAUGAAGCAUCCCUCAGGGCCCCUGUUACACAUGCUACCUUGAGUACGGUGCCUUCAGACAAUGCAAUCCACCUCAAAAGAAGCUUGAGAGAGUGCUUGAAACUGACGUUUAGUCGUGGAACUGAGGCAUGCUGCUUUCUGUGUACUGAAACAUACGUAUCUUUCACUGACCUCAAGAAGCAUUUCAUUGAGGCUCAUAACCUGACUCAAAACAUUGCCCAACUGUCAAACGUACCCUCUGAAUACAUCAUGCAAGUGGCUAAGGAAAUCAGGCAUCUGGAUUGUAGCUGUACAGAAUUUGUGUGUAAAUCAUGUGAGGGAAAAUUUUCUACAGUCCUUGAACUCAUGCAACAUGUCCUAUUAGAUCAUCCCACAACCUAUGGAAAUUUUCAAUUUUUUACAGCACUUCAAAAAAGUGGCCUUGAAAAAUGUCAGCGGUGUACAAUACUGGAGAAGCUGUGCCGUAUUGACUAUGAUUUAUUUGUAAGAGUUUUGCUUGACUCUAGAGAGUGUUCAGAUGAAAGUUGUAAAAUAUUGUUAAAGAGUUGGCCCUUAGCUGAUUGCUCCGAGCCUUGUAUAUGUUGUGCCGAGGAGGGUGAGCCGGAGGAGGUUAGGCACUCUGAACUCACAGAUGAGACCAGUGCUGUCAAAAGAGAAGUUGUUUGUUAUAGAAUCAAGCAAGCACUCAUGAAGAAGAAGCGCUCACAAAAAGCAAAAGCAUCAAUGUGUAUUUGUCCAAUCUUGAAGUGUCCAGACUGCCCAACAACUGUAGCCAACUAUGCAGAUCUUUGCAAACAUAUCAGGUUAAACGGUCACAGCAGUUGGCAUGAUAUGAAAAUUCUGUGGGAUAAAUACAAGAUCAUCAAGGAGAACUGUCCUGUUUGCCCUAAAUAUUCCUACCACUGCUACAUAUUGUGUCCCCACUGUCCUCAACUGGCCUUUGAGAGUGAGAAGGCUGCUCAAGCCCACAUGGACUCACACCAUAAAGCUCAAACUAGGAAUAAGGCUGCUCCAGAAUGUACUUGUCCAAAUUACUUUGUGUGUCUCAAAUGCAACACCUCCUACCCAACUCCCCAGAGCCUCCACCAUCACCUACAACAGAUGCAACACACUACUGAAGAAAACCUAGCUGCCAUCCAUGCCAUGAUUCAGAGGAGCACCAAGGGCAGGAAACGAUGUCCACGGUGUUCACUGGAUGACUCUGGUAACACACCUAGUUUGUAUCAGGAGCAGGAGUGCAGCUGUAGAUGGGUGGAAUGUUCCAUUUGCAAAACUUCAUUCAGGAAAGUUAGUUCUCUUUUAGAUCACAAAAACAAAGACAAUCAUGCCAUGAGUGCCACAGACAUCAGAAAGGAAAAAGAGAAGCUGGCUAGUUCUGUGAAGACCUGCUCCAGGUGCUCCAGUGAAGUGGAAAAGUAUUGCUUGUUAUGCCACCAAAGAGAAGCCUUCCUGCCCACCCACCUGAGAACCCGCCACCAGGACCGCCAGAUCAUGUUGUUAAGAAAUGACUCUGGAGUCCUCCUGGAAGAAGUACAUACAGCAGGCUGGGACAAAGGGCGGUUGGCUAGGUAUGAAUGCAGCGUGUGUCUCCUUCGAUUCCCUUUCCCCACCAGGUUGAGGCACCAUGUCCGCCAGCAACACUCUCAUUGUUAUUUUAUUCUCUUCUGUCUCGACCUAAGUAAUGAUGUACUGCAAGUAAAGGAUUUUACUGCUCAUGAGGAGCUGAUGAUUUUGAACAUUGUUAGUAAGUAAUAAACAUAACCCAUGAAUAUGUGAUAAUGUGCAAGGCUAUUGCUACCAACGUAUUCCAACUAUAUUUAUUGAUUAAAGAAAUAACAUAU